GACGGGCAUGGCAAUGGUAGUUAUUUACCAGCCCAUCAUUGAAUAUCACUAGCCAUGGUAGUGGGGCUACCAUAAUCUAGACGUCCUGCACACGUAAGCUCCAACAAGGAUCCGAACGCCCGAUGUCCCAGAGCUGCACAAGAUCUUCCACGUGGAACCUCUGUACCAGAUCUUCUAAUUUAAAUCACUCUGCACGCUGGAGACACGAUUAACAGCAACAGACAGACGCAACACAUGGGCUACAGAGAACCUCUCGUCUUCAGAUGCUCCUAAACGAUGCCUCACAGGACUGGCUGUUCUGUAUACACACGCAAGAAAAAACGUAGAUUUCAGAACAUCCUCAAGCACACUGCUAAGAGCAUCGUAGCCUACGCCUUUGAUUCUGCAAUCAUGCAGGCGGAGGAUGAAGACGGGCAGAGUUCAUACGUGAACGCAGACGAAUACAUGUACAUAUCUCCACACGCUUACAUCAUACGGAAGCCAGCUGCAGCUCGCAGGAGUGGGAAGAAAAAAACAUCCAGAGCCACUCGUAAUAUUGACGUUCGUCACGAACGUGCCACGGGAGACGGGAAAUCAUGUGUAGACGAAGAAGAAAAGCAUCUUGAAUCGAUUUAUUACGAUGCGUCGAAUCAGGACAAUACGUCCGAGAUUAUCGACGCUGCAAAUAUGCUUUCUAAAUGGGCUAUUGAAACAUCACAGGAAGAGUUGCGAAUCGUUCUAGAAAUGGAAUGCAAAGAAAAGCAUAUGGAGGAGAUAUCCAGAGGAACAAAGAAAAGACUGAAACAGGAGGUCGUCAAAAGCGAGAACCGAGCUAAGAGAAGGACGAGACGGGACAGAGACAAGGAUAGCUAUGAGAGACGGUGUGAGGAUUCUAACCCGUAUGAAGCGGAGUCUCAAAGACUGGUACAGAUCGUUACUGACACUGUUCUAACCGAUAUGGAAUCCGAAUUCAGGAAGAAGGAACUGGAUGAUCUUGAGAGAAGCAUCAAAGGUUACGAGAGUGUUGUGGCUGCAAAGGCUCUAUGGCUGGCAGAGGAAGUGAUGGGUACGGCCGUCUCUGAAAUACAGAAAGAGCUGGCUUGCCUGCAGGACAAGAUAAGCAGAUGUCAACGAAUAUGCGCAGUAGACGAAGCAAUGUUGUCCGGAGUGAUUGGAGACAUCGUUAACAGGACCAUCACAAAUGCUAUGCAAGAUAUAGAGAGUAAAAAACUUAAUUUAGAAUUUACAGAAUUAGGAGGGGAAUCGCGAACAAUCCCUACAGAAGUCUACGAGACUGCUGUAGAUUUAGCCAAACGAGCCAUUUGUGACUCAGUUGAAGAUAUUGCUGAAGCAGUUAGAAAAUCCUCACUGCAAGACACACACGAAAAAUCCAGUAACUAUAAAUACACUUCUGAAAUAAAACACGAUGGCGAGAAGACAGUAGUAUCCAAGCUUGAUGUCAGGCCAAAUGUAAAUGUUAAACACAUAGACACAAGAAUUACAGUUCCCGUGAAACGAACAAAAUCUGUUUCUGGUGGAACAAAACCAAUGUAUUCUUCAACAAAAUAUGUACCAAUCAGCAAGUAUGAAGAGCCAAUACAAGAAACAGAACCAACAUCACCUGUACGUGACAGAGUGAUAUCAAGAAAAUAUAUAACACUGACAGGCAACCAUGGAAGAACCUUCUCAAAGGAAUAUCCUCCUGUAAAUAGACCUUCAGAAAGUCUUGAUACAAUUACUUCUGCAGACGAAUCACAGGAAGCUUUGACCGAAGAAACUUUGACACCACCUCCCUUUGAAAGAGACACGAGUAUAAUAUCUAGAAGACAGGACUCGCUCUCAGACUCUCGUAAUAGAAUGCUGAAUGAAUACAGACGUGUAAGUAGGCCUGCAGAAGGUAGUCACACAGCCAGCCAUUUUCGAGGAUCAGAAGAAGCAGUCAGACAUCUUGGAGACUCUGAAGAAGAAGCGGUCAGCCAUGUAGGAGACUCGGAAGAGGAAGAGACUACCCAUGGUGACAGAUCACAAUAUGAAGUCAGUCAAAUUGGGGACUCAAAAGAAAUCAUUCCAAUGCAUUCUAAUCUAACAGGCAAGACGAUGUCAUUUAAGCAACACAUUACGUUGAAACGUGAUCACAAAAGAAUUACAAAACAGUACAUACCUGAGUGUAUGCCUUUUGAUGAUGAUGACACAGGCGAAUACACUGAGGAGGAAGAAAUAGAGGAGUCAGUGCCUUGCCCCUCACUUGGGGACAGAAAUAUAAUAUCAAGAAGAGAUAUUACAUUGACAAACGAUCACAGAAGAUGUGCGAAAGGGCCUGUAAGCAGUCGAGUUAGACAGUUUGAAGGAUCACGGGUAAUAGGUUCAACAGCUUCCUCUCCAGGAAACAGGAGUAUGAGGUCUACACAAGACAGUACAUUUGAUGAUACUUGUGAAGGAAUUAUUCAUUCCUCAAGCAAUUUUUGUAAAAAUAUUUGCCGUUUUGAAGAAUCUCAAAGGCCUAAACGCAGACCUGUUGGUGAAGGAAUUCGCCAUUUUGAAGAAUCACAAAGGUCAAAAAUCAGCCCUGAAUCAGUCCGCCGUUUUGAAGGAUCACAACGAACGGUGUCAUACUCUCCGAUUAUCAUAACAAAACCACAAGAUAGUCGUGGCACACUGGCAACAGAUCAGCGAUAUGCAAUAGGGUAUGAAGAUAGUUUUGAAACACUCUGUCCUGUUGAUGAAAACAUUCGCAGUUUUGAAGGAUCACAACGAGCAGUGUCUUACUCUCCAAGUAUCAUAGCAAGAUCACAAGAUAGUCGUGGUACACUGGCAACAGAUCAGCGAUAUGCAAUGGGGUAUGAUGAUAGUAUUCAAACACUCUAUCCUGUUGAUGAAAACAUUCGCAGUUUUGAGGACUCUCAAAGACCAAAACUCAGCCCUGAAUCAAUCCGCCGUUUUGAAGGAUCACAACGAACGGUGUCUUACUCUCCAAGCAUCAUAACAAGACCACAAGAAACAGAAUCAAGACUUUCUUCACCUCAAAGAGACACAAGUAUAAUAUCGAGAAAAAAUAUUACGCGAUCUGUAAGUGGGCAUGAAGGAAGUUUUGAAACACUCUACCCUGUUGGUGAAAAUGUUCGUCAUUUUGAAGACUUGCAAAGGCCAAAACGCAGACCUGUUGGUGAAGGAAUUCGCCAGUUUGAAGACUCUCAAAGGCAAAAAAUCAGUCCUGAAUCAAUUAUCCAUUUUGAAGGAACGCCAAGGUCAAGUGCGUCCUCUGCAAGAGGAGGGAGUGUGAUAUCUCGUACAAAUACUGCAGUAAGAGCACCCUCAAAUGGCUUUGAUGAAAGCAUCCGCCGUUUUGAAGGAUCAAAUCGAUCGACAGCAAGAUCUCUCUCUCCAAGUAUUAAAACAAAAUCACAAAAUAGUCGUGGCACACUGGCAACAAAUCAAAGACAUGCAAGAGAGCACGAAGAAAUUAUUGAAACACUCUACCCUGUUAGUGAAAACAUAGUUCGUUUUGAAGACUCGACAAUGCCAAAACGCAGACCUGUUGGUGAAGGAAUUCGCCAGUUUGAAGACUCUCAAAGGCCAAAAAUCAGCCCUGAAUCAAUUAUUCAUUUUGAAGGAACGCCAAGGUCAAGGGCGUCCUCUGCAAGAGGAGGGAGUGUGAUAUCUCGUACAGAUACUGCAGUAAGAGCACCCUCUGGUAGCUUUGGUGAAAACAUCAGCCGUUUUGAAGGUUCACAACGAUCGACGUCAAGAUCUCUUUCUCCAAGUAUUAAAAUAAGAUCACAAGGUAGUCGUGGUACACUAGUAACAAAUCAGCGAUAUGAAGAUAAUACUGAAACAAUCCGUCCUGUUGAUGAAAACAUUCGCCGUUUUGAAGGAGCUCAAAGGUCCAUGACGUCCUCGGCUGGAGACAGGAGUAUAAUAUCUAAAAUAGAUACUACAUUAAGAGAAUCGCCGGCUGAAGGGAGUGUGCAAGACGAAAGAUUAGCUGAAGGUUCUGUGUUGGGAAGCCAUCUCGCAGAAUCCAUCCAGGAGAUGGACUAUCCGUCAGAUGAUAUUCGUAGCCACAUCGACACCAUUAUUGAAGAAACAACGACUGAUGAUGAGUGUGAAAGUGUUGCACAUACGCAUGGUAUCAGUUUAUCUCAGAGAGACACAACUUCUGAAGGCAGAAGCACUAUUGACAAGGACUACAGAUGCAUAGAUUAUGAAGAUGCCAUUGGUGAAAUGCUGCUCAUGCAGAAACUGUUGGCUGAAACGGAAACUGGGAUCUCACAAACCGAACGAGUAUUUCAGAAGCUUCUGGACAGUGCCAUAUGCGACAGACUGUCCACGGUUGCUAAGAAAGCUGUCGUUACCACCGUGCUGGAUAAAAACUUGGAGGAAAGAAUACAGUGCGGACUGCUGAUUCUGAAUGUCACGUACUCACUGCACUUGAAUAUCAGUGAGUGCUCACUCAGUCCAGACAUGAUAACCAUGGAUGCUAAACAGUUUGUACAUGAGAUUUUAAACGGAAUAUCCAGUCACAAAACCAGAGAUAUUUUGCGCAUGAAAGGAGAUAUUUUGAAUGGAUUUGAAAUUCAAAUGAAUUUAGAGAAAAUAAAGAUAAAUGGACACGAAUCGAGUAUUUGCGGCGAUGACUAAGAUUAUGUGGACAUAAAAAAAAGUCAUUUAUUGGCGGCGUACUGUAUAAACAACUUAACACUGAGUUGGCUUGUUGUUAGAAACAAAACGUUUUAGGCCUAAAACACCCCCAGGCUGGGUCUGGGUUUGGUUCUGGCGAAUAUGGUACCCGUUCAAAACAAAACUCACCGAAAUGAAUGUGACACAACACACCGCGUGUCUGUGAUGGCGCGAACUACAAAUCUGGCAGAAGACGACAUAGAACAUACGUUACAUUGAGACAGCACCAGACUGACCAGACCCAGACCCGGCUUCAGUGUGUUUUCAGCCUUAGAUUUAACACCAAUUAAAGCUAUAAUUUAUUUUAUUAUUAUUUAAUUUAUUAUUGUAUUUACAUAGGCGUUGGAAGUUGGGAUGGAUAGGAUAUUGCCUCUCAAUCGUGAACCUGGGGUAGUCAGAAUAUGCGAGUGCACCCCAGUUGGAAGGCAAAUUAGUCUCCCACAGAGGCGGAUCAAGGUGGGAGCCAGAGGACCCACCCCCCUAAAUAUAUUCAGACGCCUUUUUUUUUUCUUCUUUCUUUUUAAAUAGAAUGUUCUUUUGACGAGUUAGUUCAUGUGUCCUUUUCCUGUUAGUCCCCCACCCCCGCAAACUAUUUUUCUGGAUCCGCCCCUUCUUCACCCCGUGUUACUGUAAUAAUCUUCCGACACCUGUGUUAUUAUUUUAUUAACCAUUCACAUUAAUUACCGUGGUACGCCAUCUUCGAUGAUAUUCUUUGGUUGUACUCGCUAAUUUAAUUAUCAUAUUAUCACAUUAAAACGACUGCUAUAUCAAAGGUAUGUGCUAUCCUGUCUGUAGGAUACUGCAUAUAAAGGAUCCCUUGCUAUUUAUGGAAAAAUGUAGCAUGUUUUAGCUCUAAGACUAUAUGUCAGAAUUAGCAUAGGCGUACGGGCUCCCAUUUUUGUAAGGGGCAGACUGAUUUUUGCCCGAAUUAAAAGUGCCCGAAUCUGGAUUACAGCGUUUAUUCAUAUUAGCAUUACUGUCAAACAGCUACAUAGGAAUGCAUACGAAUCGCCACGUAUUUUUACAUAGAUUACAACUAAUAUUGUGUGUAGAAUAAUAAAAAUACAUGAUGAAAAGUGUUCAGGCCAGCUCCGUUUGCACGAAUUUCUCUAUCGUUUUUGCCCGAAUUUUGAGAAUUUUCUCCAGCACUGUCUCGUACAUUUAUGAGAAUCGCUCAAUGUUUGACAUCUAAUAACCGAUGAUUAAUAAGUCAACGUGCUCUAGUGGUGUCGUUAAACAAAACAACUAACUUUUGUCACAUUAAUAUAUAUUAUUAAUUAUUUUAACACCCAUACUACACAUGGGCAUGGAAAAGGAGAUGGGGUUCUGGAGUAAAAAUCUAUACAACCUCUACCUUUCUAAAGAUGGUGUAGCUACAAUACGUACGGGUUGUCUCCCCAGUCAAAGAAGUUAACAUAUUUAUAUACUGUGUUAAAAUUAGCGAUAUAAAAACAAUUCAAUAGCAAAUCUAGUUCAAAAUAAAUGAGUUGAGUCGGGGUUAGGGAACUUUGCUUUAACUGGUCCUCGUGAACUGUCUAAAAACAGUGGUUGCAGAAUAAAAGCAUAUUAUAAUAUAUUGAUUGCAACUUUGACAUAGCACCUUUAAUAAAUGUUCCAGCUCCCCAGUGAGAACAUGUUCCAACGCCUAUGCUGCAUAACGCAAUGACUUAAUACCGUUACUCUUUGAUUGCCAAGUCUGGAUCAGUGUUGUCCACAUGAAAAUUUCUAGUUGUUUAUACCUUGAUGAUGACAUUUUAUAUAAAUAAAUAAUAUUAUUAAUUUA